UCUACAUUAUCCUACAGCUAGAAAUCAAAAAGACUUCAUGUAUUUUUUGUCCAUUUGUUGCACAAAAGGAAUUGAUACAGGUCAUGUACAGGACAGUGUUACAGUUAUCAGUACCAUUGUUUGUUGUAUAUAUACAUAAGGUAGAUACCGUGCCACAUGGCCGAUUUCCACACAACAUUUGAUCAAGAAAACAAACAGAGUCGCGCUAUAUAUAAAACUACUGAGCUCAGCAGUCACAUUACCUCACCAUUACUGGUACAACAUGGCAGCCCCGUCCAUGCUUCUCCUGCUUCUUGGUAUUGCAGCUGUGUGCAAAGCAGCCACCGGUGUCACCAGAUGUACUUCUACCUUUGACUGCCAGUGGGGCACACAGUGCUGCCAGAAAGACGGAGAGCCGUGGUCCUUCUACUGGUACUAUAACGGCGGCACGUUUUCAGACUCUGACCUGGGAACGUGCGGGGCUCUGGGGCAGGAGGGACAGAUCUGCUUCGCCACCAACUCGUACGACCCCUGCACCUGUGCCACUGGCCUGAUGUGCUGCCCCUCGGUCGAGCCGGUCGACCCCCCGCCAGGCUGGCCCUCAGGCUUCCCGUUCCGCGCCCACACCUGUCAGCGCGGUGGAGACCCUUACGCCUGCAUCUAGGCCGUCAUGCAAA